AUGACAGGCCGGUCUCGUCGCGGGGUCAAAUUCCCCCACAAUGGCCGUCGCAGUAGCAUGAGCGAGGCCAGCGAAGAGAACUCCCCCUCCAAGACCAGGGCUCUUGCGAAUAUCCAAGAAAAACCCAACGGCGCCGGCAACGACCAGCAGCAGCAGCAGCAGCAGCAACAGCAGCAGCAGCUCUCCGACUACGAAAAGAAAAAGGCCAACUUCAUCGAGCGCACCCUAUGGACCUUGAUCAUGAUUGGCGGCUUCUUCGCCGCCCUCUUCAUGGGCCACAUCUACAUCGUCGUCAUCAUCACCGCCGUCCAGAUCAUCUCGUUCAAGGAAGUCAUCGCCAUCUCUAGCGGAGCUAGUCGCGCCCGGGACAUCCAGUCCACCAAGAGCUUGAACUGGUACUGGUUGGCGAUAGCCAUGUACUUCCUCCACGGCGAAAGCGUCAUCUACUACUUCAAGCACAUUGUCAUGGUCGAUAGGGUCCUCCUUCCGCUGGCUACCCACCAUCGCUUCAUCUGCUUCACCCUUUAUGUUGUUGGCUUCGUCUUCUUCGUCAGCACUCUCAAGGGCGGCCACCUCAAGUUCCAGUUCACCCAGUUCGUCUGGGCGCACAUGGCCCUGUUCCUGAUUGUCGGCCAGUCGCACUUUAUUAUGAACAACGUCUUCGACGGCCUAAUCUGGUUCUUCCUCCCCGCGGCCCUCGUCAUCACCAACGACAUCUUCGCCUAUAUCUGCGGCAUCACCUUUGGCCGCACCCAGCUGAUCAAGCUGUCUCCCAAGAAGACGGUCGAGGGUUUCCUGGGCGCCUGGGUCAUGACCGUUCUCUUCGGCAUCUUCCUCACUCAUAUCCUGAUGCGCUCCCGCUUCUUCAUCUGCCCCGCCAACGACCUUGGCGCCAACAUCUUUACCGGUCUGGACUGCGAGCCCAACCCGGUGUUCAUCCCCAAGACCUGGACCACGCCCGAGCUGCUGUUCUUCCCACCCAACACGCACUUCAGCAUCACCAUGGCGCCCAUGCAGAUCCACACCUUCUUCUGGGCCACGUUCGCUUCGCUCAUUGCGCCGUUCGGUGGCUUCUUUGCUUCGGGUCUCAAGCGCACGUUCAAGAUCAAGGACUUUGGCCACUCGAUCCCGGGCCAUGGAGGUAUUACCGAUCGCAUGGACUGCCAAUUCAUCAUGGGCUUCUUCGCCUACAUCUACUACCAUACGUUCAUUGCGCAGUCCAAGGUCGAUUUCGACGAGGUGUUGGAGAUUGUUGCGACUCGGUUGACCAUCGACGACCAUAAGAAGCUGUUGCUGUUCAUCGCCAAGUAUCUCGUUAACCACAACGCUAUCGAUCCUUCGAUUGUUAACAUUGUGGAAAAGUCCUUGACUGCCGGCCACUAA